AUGCUUCGCCGAAUCAUAACAACCCAUGAUCCUAAAAGCGGCCGAGCUGUCUUUAGCGACGCCAUUAGUGAACAGGUAUCAUUCACUGGAUUCCCUGUUCCACCGGGCAAGCCACCGGCGACAAACUAUGCUCUGGCCUACAAUACCAAUGUAUUCCCUGUGCAAGGGCUCUCCCCUCCAAGUUCUAAAACCCCGGAGUCCAAAGCCAAUCUCGACAUUAAGCACUAUCAGUCCCAGCUCUCGCAGCCAAUGCCUUUGAAUCCGCCCAACGGCACAUCCUGCACCAUUAUUGAGCGCCUGCAGCCCGGGUUCGACCGGGCCAUCAUCCACGAUGCUGCACAAGUUGGUCCGCUGCAAUUCAAUCUCACCAAAUUGGUCUCCUCCCCUCUCCUGCAGUCGGUUUACUCUGAAGUUCUCCGGAUGCGCAUCGCCCUCAUGUUGAAACGGACUCCCACACAGUCCGAUGUCCGGCUGGGACCAUGGCAGCUAGACAAAGGCCGGUUUAUCGUCCUCUCAACCCAGGUUGUAGCUCACGACGAGGCGGUCUGGGGCCCAGACCGGACGCAAAAUGGCAAAUACCCGUGGAGAUUGUGGACCGGCCAGCAGGAUGGUUGCCCUCUGCCGACAAAAUGUUCUAUGGCGUCGGUGCCAUGCCGCCCCGGACCAAUCCGUUCCGCAUUCGGCGGAGACAGAGCUGUUGACUUGUCAAUCCAUGAUGAUGAGAUAGUAGUUGGAAGGAACAAGGUGGACGCAUUGAAUUCACUCCCUCGUCUGUAG